UACCUAUACCAUACAAAUUAUUUUUAUUAGGUAUAGGGUUAUUUUUUUUCCCGGAGCGAAAGUGAUGCUAACGUAACGUGGUUCUUGAUCCGGUCCUCGUACCACGAGAAAAAAAAAGGUUAUAUUUUUCGGGGUACCAUGAAUUACAUUGAUGACGGCAGUAAUACGUGCACACGCGACAUGCGCGUUGCCAAACUUAUCAGAAAUACAUAAUGAUUCCACAUAAACGAUGAUUAAUUUGAAAUGUAUUCAAUUUAGAUAAUUAAGUAGUAUUACAUGAAAAUUAAGAAAUGUCAGCCACGAUGAAAUUUAUGUUUUUUUUUUUAUUAUAUAAGGUAUUUAAUGCAAAUUGUUUUAUGGCAUUUGGAUAUCAUUUGAAUGCUCCGGUUGUUGGAGUAGCAUCAAAUCCUGGCUAUCCAUGGGUUCAUGCAAUGGUUGCAAAUCCUCAAAAUUCAGCAAUUUCGUCAAAUCUUCUUAGGAGUUCAAUUAAUCCAACAACAUUUUUGAGUCGACUUUACAAUACAAUUCAUACAUUUUAUGUCAAUAACUAUUUUAAUUACUAUACAUCAGCUCAAACAGAUAUUAUUAAAAAAUACUUUGGACCAGAUGCACCAAGUGUAAGAGAAUUAGAAAAAAAUAUAUCACUUGUUAUAGUUAAUUCACAUUUAGCUUCAGAUGGUGUUAAACCAUCAACCCCGGCAUUUAUAAAGGUUGGUGGAAUUCAUAUACAAAAUGAUGGUGCAAAUGAAAGUCUUGGUGAGUUUCAACAAUGGUUAGAUGAAAGUAAAAAUGGAUUUAUUUACUUUGCAUUUGGAUCAAUGACCCAACUUGAAACCUUUCCAACUGAUGUGAUUCAAGCAUUAUUUAAAUCAUUUGAAAAAAUAAAUCCAAUACGAGUACUUAUGAAAUCAUCAGAACCAGAAAACCUUCCAUUUAGUUUGCCAAAUAAUACUCGUACUUUUUCAUGGAUUUCACAGCUUGCAGUAUUAAAACAUAAAAAUAUAAGAGCAGCUAUUAUUCAUGGUGGAGCCAAGGGCAUUCAAGAGACAAUAAUGUGUGGAGUUCCAUUAAUUGGAGUUCCACUCUUUGCUGAUCAAUUUUUUAAUGUUGAUUUUCCUGUCAAAAGUAAAAUGGCUAUCAAAAUUGAUCUUUCUGAUCUUAAUGAAAAAACUAUGGAUAAUGCUUUGUAUGAAGUUCUUAAUAAUCCUAUUUAUAGCGAAUCUGCAAAAAAAAUGUCAAAAAAAUUCAAUGAUCGUCCCAUGAGUCCUAUGGAUACUGCUUGUUAUUGGAUUGAAUAUAUCAUGAGAAAUGGUGGUGAUACACUGCGGUCACCAGCUGUAAAUUUAUACUGGUGGGAAGUAGCACUUAUUGAUGUUUAUGAAUUAAUUUUCAUUCCAUUUAUAUUUUUAAUUGUACUUUUCAUAUACACUAUAGCAAUUUCAUUUUCGAAAAGUACAAACAUUCAAGAUGAAGAACUUGAAACCCCAAAUUUGAUAUUUUAUAAUGGUAUUGAAGGUACUGAAGGUAUUAUUGAAGGUAUUGAAGCAAAAAUAACUCAAACAACUACAAUAACUAAAAAAAAGAGUGGCCUAACAACAAAUAAAGUUUCAUGCUAUGACGAAUCAUUGAAUAACGCCGUUGAUACACUCACAUUUGUUUGCGAACAAAAGUCAAUGACAAAUAAUUUUAUUAUUUUUGGACAGCAUGUCGCAGCUCAAUUAGAAAAGUUACCGUUAGAAAAAUCAAUUUUUUUACAAGAAAAAAUUCAAAGUCUGUUAACAAAGGCUCGUUUUAGUAAUAGCAGCAUCUACAGAAAAUUUGACGAUGAAACAAACUAUGAUAAUAGUUAAAUUAAAGAGAAUGAACCACAAUGACGAUGUAUCAGCUGAUUCAGAAAAUAUAUCAGUGGACUACAACAACUUAACAUGAUUUAAAACUAAGUGAUUUGUUUAAGUUUGUAUUAAUUUUUAUUUAGUCUACUGUCUAAUAGACGGAACAGAGAAAAUUGUAUUAUUAUUUUUUUUUUUUAAACUAUUGAUAUUAACCCACGGCAACUUAGGCCAUUGAAUGGUUUUUAACUUUGGGGGAGGGUACUGUUGGUUUAAUUUAUGUUUAAACACAUGUGUUUGUUAGUUUGGCAGAUUUUUUAGUGGACACUGAUACAGUGGGUAUCUGUCAUACUUGGGGGUUGGGGGGGAUGGCGGCAGUUCUCCUCGGACACCGCGACUCACCCGAAGAAAAAUGCCGCCCGCAGCCGAGGUUUUGAACCGGCGUCGGUUCGCGUGGCAACCGAUGCCUUAGUCCGCUCGGCCACUCUGUCCCCCAAAAUGU